GCUCUUGCUAAUAUUUUCCCCCGCAAGAUGUUCGCCAGCUCCUUAACUCGAUCGCCAUCCCCGGCGGCCGUAUUCCCGAAAUACACGAGGGUAGAAAAAUGUUAACAUCGCAGUUGGCAGUUGUUUGCCGAGCCCGACGACAACAAACCAUCUUAGUAGACUCCUUUGGUGGAGACGUUUGUGGCACCUUCUCCUGUCUUGUAAACCCUCUCCUGCCUGUCUUAUUUGCUGGCCUGCCUGCUCUCCUGCUUCCCUGCUCUCUCGCCAGUCCUCCCGCCUGGAUACCCGCUGCGGUUAUGCUGGAUUUUUGCUAAAAAUAGACAGUGACGCAAAGUUAAUGAGGAGACGCAAGAACUGAAGAGGACUGCAGAGUGCUGCAAGAAGACCUGGAAAAAACCUGGAGAGGGCUUCAGGAGGAGUUCUACUUCCCGGGCCACUUGUGACCUUGACAAACUUCAGAACUGGGCAGAUAAAUGGCGGCUGGAAUUAAAUCCAAGUAGUUGGUCUUCAAAUGGCAGAGGAAGCCGAGACCUCCUUACGGAAUCUAAAUAGUGGAGCAUGUUGCACAAAGGAGGAUAGUGAUACUGUAGUACAAAAUGGAGGUAACAAAAGAGAACACAAUGAAAGUAAAGAAGAUGCGAGUGUCCCUAGUGAAAGAUCUGAGAUAUCUGAUGAGGAAGGGAAUAAAAAAGUGAAGUCUGAAAAUGACAAAAAAGAUGGAGAAACUUCUGUUGUCUUUGGCAGAAGGGCAAGAAGACCGAGAAGCUAUCGGACCAGGCUUAUUGAAACUGACUCGGAUGAUGAUGGUGACAACACACUGUGUGAGCGGGGUGCGAGUGGUGCCAACGACAGAACGAGUGAUACAGGAGAUCCACUGAUUAGUAAAUCUGGCGGUACUGUUACGUCGGGUCCAACCUCUGAAAUGGACGACACAAGUGCGGAUACCAGUCGAGAUACAGAGACGGAUCACAUGGAGCCCACUAGCCCUUCGGCCAUGGAAACGGGAAGUGCAGCUAGUGGUAAUACUGACAAUGAUGGCACAGAUGAUUCACCAGCUUCAGAGCGCCGUCGAGAAAGACCUCGAAAUCGUCAGACCAUAUUUGGUGGUUUACUGUCUGAUACAGAUUCAGAUUCGGAUGACACGAGACGAAGAAGAAGCAUCCAAGAUAGUUUGGAAGAUGAAACGCAGCGAAGGGACACUGAAGAAGCAAUUGCCAAAGAAAUUAAAAGAAUUCAGGACCGACCUUAUCCCAAACACGAGUGGAACUUUGUUGAGCAGAUUAUUCAAAGGCAGAUAGGUGGGAGAGCUAAACAUCAGACGUCAGUCUUAUUCAGCCACCAUUAUUAUGACUCCCUCCAUGUGCCUAAACGCCUUGAGUUAAUGUACAAAAUGGAAUUUCAUCGGGGUUGUGUCAAUGCAUUAAGCUUCAACUCCACUGGAACCAGAUUAGCUAGUGGCUCGGAUGACUUCCAGAUAGCUGUGUGGGAUUGGGCCCGAGAGAAAGCGCUGAUCACAUUUUACAGUGGCCAUCGAAAUAAUGUGUUCCAGAGCAAGUUCUUGCCCCUAAGUGGAGACACACACAUUGUAUCUUGUGCACGUGAUGGGCAGGUACGUCUAGCAGAACUUUCGUCAACGGGCGUUUGCAAAUCCACCCGAAAACUAGCCAAGCACCAUGGUCCAGCACACAAACUAGCAACACUUCCUACCUCGCCACAUGUUGUAUUAUCUGCCGGAGAAGAUGCAGUAGUACUUAACAUAGAUAUUAGACAAGAGCAAGCAACUAGGGUUGCUCUGGUGAAAGAUAUAUCUGGUAGUCGUGUUUCUCUGUACAGCAUCCAUGCUCACCCUGUCAACGAGAACCAAUUUUGUGUUAGCGGCCACGAUCAAUACGUACGAGUAUAUGAUCGACGUUGUGGGAACCUAAGUUUUCCUGUUUUUAAGUAUUGCCCUCGUCAUCUGUUUGAGGCCUCGCCAACACCGACGGUAACGUGUGCUGUUUAUAGUGGAAAUGGAGAUUCCAUAUUAGCAUCAUACAAUGAUGAUGAUAUUUACUUGUUUGAUACGUCACUGUCAGAAGGUGCCGAUGCUGCCCACAGAUACUCUGGCCACCGUAACAAUGCUACAGUUAAAGGUGUUAAUUUCUUUGGACCGGGUAGUCAGUAUGUGAUAUCUGGCUCCGACUGUGGGAAUAUUUUCUUCUGGCAUCGUGAAACUGAAGCCAUUGUCCAGUGCAUGCCUGGGGAUGAGAAUGGGGUGGUAAAUGUCCUGGAGCCACACCCACACAUACCUGUAUUAGCAACUAGUGGCCUUGAUGACGAUAUUAAGAUCUGGGUUCCUACGUGUGAGGAUGAUCCCGACUUGCCUAAUUUGGAACAAACCGUCAAAUCAAAUUUAAGAAAGCGUCAUAAGGAGCGUAAUGAAGAGUUUACAGGAUUAGAUACACAGAUGCUGAUGGUUCUCUGGCACCACAUACGACGAACAGAUCGGAGACGUCGUAGGAUGGCAGCAGCAGGAAGUACUAGUAAUGGUAGCGGUGGAGCCGAGGGUGGUGCUGGCACAGGUGCAUCUUCAAGUGAUGAGAGUAACGAGAGUGAUGAUUCUGAUGGACACCGGGGUGUUCAGUGUGCCACGCAUUAGUCUUUCUAGAAAUAUUGUGUAUUUUGAGAAUUUGUACUAUAAUUAAGGACAAUGUUUUCAUGGAAUAAUUUUUCAUAGUCCAGUUUUCCAUGUUGAGGGUUAAUUUACAAAAUGUGACAGUUUGUGAAUAUCAUUAAUUAUUGAACUUUGAGGUGUUCAGCAGAGCUACACUACACAUCAUUCUUAGUAUGAUGAUUUCAAAUGGAGUAACAAGUCUCUGAAGCAUAGUUAUGACUUCCAUGGAAUAUGCAGAGAUCUCUAAUUUACAUAUUUGCUAAAAUUAGGGAUGGCAGAAAUGUUGUUUUAACAAAUUUGCCAUUUUUUCUCCCCCAGAGUGAUAUAAAUUUUGGUUUCCAAACCUCAGAGGAAGAAAGCAAAUUGCAAAUAUUUACCGCAGAUUAACAGUGAAUAUAAAUUUACGGAGGUUCACAAGAGGGUUGUAAAUUUGUCCAAGAUUAUUAGUCAUAAAUGUUAAUCCGUGUAUUAGAGAAAUGUUCUCAUUAUUAAUUGAUAAUACUCUAAGUUAAUUAAAUUUCUAUUUUUCUAAAUAAAUACAGUGUAGAAUACAAGAUUUUCUGUUUAUUUUAAUUGAAAAUCCACAUUGGAUAGAAUUGAUUAGUCAUACAAAUUCUUUUACUUUCUUUUUUAAUACAAUAUUUAUUUUGUUUGGAGAUGGGCUAGAGGGUGAGGUAUGGGAGGGGAAGAAACUGUCCACCACAGCAUUUAGGAAUACUAAUUCAGUAUUACAUUUCUUUCUUGCAUUUUGGGGUUUGUGGUUUUAAAAAACUGUAUGGUUUAAACAAAAAUUAUGGAAAAUUUGUAAUUCAACAUACAUUUGUAGCCAGAAUUAAUAUAACAAUGGAACAUUUUAAAAUGUGAAUUAAGAGGAUGAAUAUGAAUUUACUCGUUUUAAAAAAAAUUAUUAAUGCCAAAAUAUUUUGUAAAUUUAUAUUUACUGCCUAAAAAAUAAUAAUUUGUUUUUGUUGGUGGGGUCUGAUACAGUAUUCUGUAUAGAAUUAUAUGUAUUCAAAAGUUGGCCAGAGAUUUGCCGCAUUGCACUGAUUGAGGUUUCGUUGAUUCUGCAAUUCUUUUGCAUUACUACAAGAGAGGGAAGUUUGAGAGGAAUCGGCUAAAUCACAUAGAGCGAAAACAAGUGUUUUGUGUCUUUUGUUUAUAAAUUUGAAUGCCCAGGGAUGAAAUAGUGUAAGUUCUUGUCUGAAAGGGAUAAGUCUUCUAUGUUUGUAUUUUAUAAUAGUCAUAGUGCUUAGGAAAUAUUUUAUGCUGUAAAACUAUAUAGAGCCAGUUAGCAAUCAUAUAUCUUCCUAUGUUUGGAGAUGUUAAACAUUUUCAAGUGAAAUGGUUUGUUCUAUUGUUAGAAAUAAUUCUUAGGCAUAGAUUUAAAACUUGACAGAUAUUGUGGGUAAUCUAAAAGGCAAUUGAAUCAUUUGUUAGUUUUAUAUAACUUUUGAAAGAUCACAAACUUAAGGAUAUUAAAUGGUGAACCAGAUAACCUCUUAUCUCCUCUGAUAAUGCUCCGUCUUUGAUUCAGAAGGUGUGAUUUUGUAGUAAACAAAUUUGAUGAUGUACUUCCUGUAAAAAUUACUAAUUUUAAGAGUUCAACACAUUUUUUGAAAAUACAUGUGCUGUGGCAGGGACUUGAGGCUCAUGAAAAUAUAUUACCCAAGGUAAUUUGCCAAUCUGUCCUCAUUGUUAAUGCCUCGUGUGCCCUGGGACUCCGCUCAGAGGGGUUUGCUGUAACAAAAGUCACCUCCCCUAUACCCUAGGCAGUCCCCCCCCCCUCCCUCUAAACAUCAUUUUCUUUCCAUCUGUUCCCUCUAAGCCCUUUUGGGACACUCUUCCUCCUCCACUUUUCCUUGCCAUGAAGAUCUUACUCAUAGUCAAGUACAAGAGCAGUUGUAAAUUAUUUAUUGGGUUUGGCUGUUAGUGUUUUGAAAGCCGGAGCUUCACGAGAGGGAUGUACAACAUAAUGAAUCCUUACCACAGUACCUGUAUAGUCAUAUGUCUGUUCAGAUUCUACUACUGGGGAAUGUCCAGUACUAGAUUAUAUUGGAUUGCAUGCUGUCUUGUCUCAAAUAGGUAAUCAAGCAUAUGUAAUUAUAGUAUUUAUUGAGCCAAUUACACACAUUUUCAGUAUUUGCAGUUCUUGAUGCUGAAGAAGCAAUUUCUUGUAAACAGUAUGCAGAUCCUGGAGACAUUGUUGUGCCUCAAGUCCAGAGCUAAGUUUGUGCAUCUUUCUAAAAUAUAAUCUGUGUGCUUAGGUAUAGAAAUCACAGAUUAAUACUGACUGUGAUAAUUCUUUUAUUUCCUUGCUUAUAGGGAAUGUUUACAUGCUGCUGAUAGAGUACAACCUUGGACCCAUUUCUACAGUUUCUUUAGCUUUGAUAUGAAUACUCAAGCAGGCCAAAGUUCUAUCUAAUUCACGCAAAAGAAUACCUCCCAAAGUUUGUAAAACUGUGAGUGCAUAUAAUGCUGAUGUUGUUCCUAGUGUUUUGCAACAUAUUUGCUUGUUUGACUAUUAUGCAUCUUUAAUUCCUCUGGCUGAAAUGAAGUCAUCUAACUUUGGAAGCGUGUUGGUUCCUGUCUCUGUCAUUGUUCUGGAAAGUUAAAUGCAGUUCUGCUUAUGCUUAGUGAUUGAUCUUAUGCACUUUAUAUUUUGGAGUGCCUAGAAUUAUUAAUAACCAUGCAGUAUAAUAAUUUUUGUGGUAUGAUAAGACUUACAAUGAAGUUGAGAAACAGUUAAGUGGAAAAUAUUCUGACCGAGUGCCGAUUCGUUUGUGAUGCGUCAAUAUUGCUCAGAUUUAACUAGAUUACAUAAAGUUAAUUCUCCUGGUGUGUUCAGUUUUUGCACCUAGUUGGUGAGCAAGAAGCAAGGUUUGUUAUAACCACCAUUUAAAGCAGUGUGAUUUCUAAAAGUGAUGUGGGUAACCAGUUUUUAGUUGCUAUAUCUUUUCUAGAGUUGCAUAAGUAAGCUCAUAUAAAACAUUCACUUGUGCAAUUGAUGGAUUCUUGCAUAUUUUUAGUUACGGAGCUUGUAGUAGCUGUACUUGCAUAUAAGCAUACUAAGUUGUAAAGUUAUUUAACAUUGUAUACACUGCAGUAUAUUGAGUUCAUCACUUAAAGAUUAUGCUUAGUUAUCGAAUUUGCAUAUUGCUAAAAUGUAUGUUUGAUUAUCUGUGCAGCAGUGUGUGGUCAAAUUAUUAAAACAUAUUCUCUAUAUAAUUAAAUUGCAUAAUGUAUUACCAUCUGAUCAUUCUGGUAAAUAAAAUAUUAAUUAUAUUA